AUGGGAUCAUACUGGAGUGCUCAUGAGACUGAAGAAUGCCCGUGCUGCUCACUCUCUGUGAAAAUAAUAGGAAUGAGAAAUCUGAGAAAGGCAGAUCUCUUCAGUCAAACGGAUUGCUAUGUCAGCCUGUCCUUGCCCACUGCUUCCCCCGAGACUGUCCGGACCAAAACCAUCAAGAACUGCAAAGAUCCAGUGUGGAAUGAAACAUUCUGCUUCAGGAUCCAGAGCCAAGUAAAAAAUAUUCUUGAGCUGAAAGUCUACGAUGAAAACGAAGUCAUGAAAGAUGACCUCCUCUUCACUGUCCUCUUUGAUGUUGCUAAAAUCCAGCUUGGAGAAACGGUCCACUUGACUUUUCAGCUAGAUCAAAAGACACAAGAGAUGCUGGAGGUUGAGUUUGCAUCAGAAAGCAUACCAGUCCCUCCUGAGAAGCUUGUCACUAAUGGUGUAUUAGUGACUCGUGAAAUUUCCUGCUUGGAAGUCCUGGUGGACAAUAAAUGGACAAAGAAAGAACCUUCAGAAAAAGACUUCUUAUUUUCAGUGAAGGGAUCCUAUGAAGAGAGCCAGACCCUCUCUCUGGGCUCACCCAGUCAGCCCACCUUGUCCCUGGACUUCCAUUACAUAAAGUACAGCCUGUCGGAGCUGCGUGUGGCUCUGGCAGAGAAGAAGCCUUGUUUCUGCUUGAGUACCUCAGGUGAAGAGAAAAAAGACUCCCAUGCAUCCCUCACUAUUCCUCUGGAUUCACUUCCCUUCAAGGAGAAAGUAGCAGUAGCCAAGGAUGAAACAAUCAAUUUGCAUGUGAAGUCAAAUGACUGGUCAAGAAACUUAGAUGUUCGCUUGGAUUUUGAUCUGUGUAUGGAGGAGAAAAAUUUCCUGCAGAAAAGGAGGAAGUUUGUGGCUUCUGCGCUGAAAAAAGCACUUCAUUUAGAGCAAGACCUACAAGACCAUGAGGUACCAGUCAUAGCAGUCAUGACAACAGGAGGCGGCACCCGGGCACUGACAUCUUUGCUAGGCAACCUAUUAGGUCUUCAGAAGCUGGAUCUCUUAGAUGCUAUUUCAUACAUCACUGGGUCAUCUGGUUCAACAUGGACUUUGUCCCAUUUGUAUCAGAGCCCUGAUUGGUCACGCAAAGAUCUGUCCAGACCGAUCAGUGAAGUCCGCAGACAUAUGACCAAGUGCAAACUAAGCUGCUUUUCCCUGGAGAGCUUGAAGUACUAUGACAAGGAGCUAAAACUGCGGAAGCAAGAGGGAUACCAGAUCUCUAGCAUUGAUUUUUGGGGGCUUCUGCUGGAAAAGGCAUUAAGUGAUGGGAAGAACAACCACAAACUCUCAGAUGAGCGACAGGCACUAAGGCAGGGUCAGAAUCCCUUACCUAUCUACAUGGUCCUCAACAUCAAACAAGACUACAGCCUUUCAGAAUUCAAAGAAUGGGUGGAGUUCACUCCUUAUGAGGUUGGGUUCUUAAAAUACGGUGCCUUCAUUCGUGCUGAGGAUUUUGGCAGCGAGUUCUUCAUGGGUCGCCUGAUGAAGAGGCUCCCUGAGUCCCGCAUCUGCUUCAUGAAAGGCAUGUGGAGCAAUGUCUUUUCCUACAACCUCCUGGAUAUCUGGCAUUCCUCGGAUCCUACUCAAAGGCGCUCACUGAGGUGUACCCGCCCCAGGACUGUUGAUGUUGAAGGAGAUGAGCCUUCCCCACCAGUCAGGAGCAAUGAGUUAGACAGCUACUUAGUCACCCCUGAAUGUGGCAUCAUGGGCAUCAUUCGGCAGAUCCUGACUGAGCGGGUGAUGGUUUCAAAGUUCUACAACUUCCUGAAGGGGUUCCAGAUACACAAUGAAUACCUUCAGAGCAAAAGCUUCCAUAUAUGGAAAGAUACUGUACUAGAGAAUUUCCCCAGCCAGCUGACAGAAACAGCCGAGUUCAUGUGUCUGGCAGACACAGCAGGAUACAUUGACAUCAGCUACCCACCACUCAUGAGGCCCCAGAGAAAAGUGGAUGUUGUCCUGCACUUAAACUACUCUUCUGGAUCACAGACAUCGCCUUUGGAAGAAGCCUCCAAAUACUUCCUAAAGCAGGGAAUCCCAUUUCCCAAAAUCAACUUGAGUGAAGAAGAAAAGAAAAAUCUAAAAGAGUGCUAUAUCUUUGAAGACAAAGAGACCCCAGAGGCACCAAUUGUGGUGUUUUUCCCACUGGUGAAUGACACCUUCAGAAAAUACAAAGAACCUGGUGUGGAGCGCAGCCCUGCUGAGAUGGCACAGGGCAAUGUGGAUGUUUCCAGUGUAUUUUCCCCGUACUGCUUACACAGCUUCACCUACACAGGGGAGGAGUUCGACAAGCUGGUAGAACUGACCAGCUACAACAUUCAGAACAACAAACAUCUGAUCCUUCAGGCUUUGAAUUCAGCCAUAGAGCAGAAACGACAGCACAGAAAAGAAACUACAUCCUGAAU